GCCGCUGAAGGCUCGGCAGAUCCGACAAGCCCAACGAGCGGCGGAGCACCAUGCGGCAGGGCAGGUGACCAAGCCGGUGUUCAAGGCCCUUAACCGAGUGUGGUCGACUUUGCCGGAGGAAGCCAAAGAAGCGAUCAGUAAGGCAGGCUUUGAGGUCAAGCCGAGCCCGCCCCCAGGCUUGCCGGCUUCCGGCAGGCAGCAGAGAGGAGGCACUGGCAAAGGCCGGGUCUCCUUUGCGGUUGAGGGCUCAGGAGAUUCAGGGCAGGCUGAGACUGUGAAGUCGCUUUUUGCGUCGGCUUCCGACGCACAGCGCGAGCUUCUCGCACAGCUUGGGUUCGUUGAGCCUGAAGAGCAACCAAUUGACCUGACGGCUUUGUGCAAGCAGCACAUUAGCUCCCUGCCCGAGGACAUCCGCAAAUUUGUUGAGGAACCUCCUGAACGCCCGCCAACACCACAGGAGGUCAUGAGCGAGAAAAGCCGACUCUUUAAAGUUGCAACGACCGACCUCCGGGACAUCAUCUUUAAGAAGUCGGCUUUGCAGCUUCGACUCAACAAGCACAAGGAGCAGUAUGCCUCAAUGUUGGAAGAUAUGCAAAGCAUCAACGAGAAGCUUGAUGCCAGGCAAAAGGAAGUCUCCUCGUUGCAGUUAGAGCUUCAGUCCUCAGUCAAUGCGAGCCCUGCCCCAGAAGCGCUGCCUGAUGCAGCUGAAGCUCUCGUCAAACAGGUAGAGGCAAUGGAGGUUGAUCAGAUUGAUGAAUAUCGCAAGCGCAUUGUGCUAGCCUUUGAUGAGGCUGCGAAGAGACGGCGCACAGAUGCGCCGGACAACAAGCCUGCACCGCCCAGCCCUGCACCUCCUGAACAGGGGCCAGGCCAACAGGAGGCAAGCGAGGGAGCCAAGGCGAGGUCCUCACCUGGGCACCCGGAGAAAGGGCCAUGCUUUGCCCACACGGCGUUUGAAGCCGCCCUGCCACCGGAUGCCUGCGAGGAACUGUGGAAGCAGUCCCGGAUAAGACUCAAGAUGUGGAAACACCUUAAAGAAGUGCUGGACCAGCAUUCUUGCAUCCCUGAGGAAGAAGAAGCUACCCUCCUUGCCUUGGCUGAACUAGAUGAGGUCAAGGACAAUGAGGAUGGGCUCGAAGGUUGGACUGUGUAUCAGCUGCUGACGAAGGUUAGCGAGUGUGCCACUAGCGGGUUUGAGAUUCUCGCCCAGGCCGUUGAUGAUAUCAUUGUAGGCCUCAGCUGUCGCAAAUCCCGGACGAUCCGUAUCAGGUCCUCCAACCUCACGCAAUGGCGACCUGAGACACAAAAGUGGAUGCAGAGCCUGAGUGAUGAUGUGAUUUUGGUGCAGGAAACGCACUUAACCAGCAAGGGCGUUGCUGAAGCAUUGGCGGCCAUGCACAAAGUUGGUUAUGAGAUGCUUGGGGGCGAAGCUGCUACCUCUGCGAAGCAAGGGACCAAUGGCGGAGUGAGCCUUCUCCUCCUGAGCUUGUACCUCAAGAACUCCACGCCUAUUCAGUGUCAUCCCAACGCGGAAAUUCUUGGGCGUCUAACUGCACUCCUGAAAGGCCACGUAGGUCAAUGGAUUGUGGCAGGAGAUUUCAACGUCUCUCCAAAUGAGCUGGCGGAUACCAAUAUUGUCAGUGAGCUUGGUGGCCAAAUCCUCUGCGCGGGAGAGCCUACAACCCAUGGGGGCAGUGAGUUGGAUUUUGUGAUCACCAGCUCGGCCGUUGCCGGCCACACCUCGCUGCAACUCGAUUGGAGUGCUCCUCACCGUCCUCAUGCCAGUUUGUGUAUCACACUGGAGAUGCCUUGCCACCAAGACAAAGCGCUUCGCUUGCCUGGAUUCCUUGUGAAGGACUCUGUUGAGGACGCUUCCCUUGAAUUAAACCUCCCAGAGGUAGAAAGUCUCCAGGUUCUUGGACAGGAUCUCUCGUCUGAUGAUAUAUCAAGGCGAUGGGCAGCUAUCUCCAAGUGGUGCCAGCAGGCCAUGUAUCCAGAUGAGACGGAGCCCAGAGGUGGUUCCCUUGGCCUCCAUCGGCUCCCUCAAGUUCCGGGACAGCCCUGUAAGCCCUACUCAACGCAAGCGGGCCUUUGGUUGAGAGUUGAGUCUUGGCUAAACGCAGUCACCAAGGCCAAGAUUAAACUCAGCAAGAAAACCAUCUCGGAAGUUCUUGAGCAGCUGGAAUUCCAUGCCAAGGAAGACAGUGAAGCCGACUGUUGCCGGGCUGAGAUUCUCGCCCAUCUCUUAGGCUCCGCUGUUAUGAGCAAGGAGAAUGAAGAAUACGUACGAGGCUGCGUCAAACAAGCCCAGUCCGAGCAUCUCGCUGAGGCAAAACAAACAUACCAGAGCUGGCUGGAAGGAGCUCAGGUCAAAGGUAUGCGCCCGCUGUACAAGGCAAUCCGCUCUCAUGAGCAAGUCCUGGUAAGGCCCUUUCGUGACAAGGAAGCGGCGCUUCGGCCGUAUCUCAGGUACUACCAGUGGCAGGAGAUUUGGAAAAGUCAGCCAAAUCCGGUAGACCCGGUCGUUCCGGAAUUGCUCAGCAGGGCAGUCGAGGAGGCAGCUAGCUUGCCGGCCAUCACAGCUGCCAAGCUACAAACCAAAUUUCACUGCCUUCCAGAGAAGGCUCCUGGCGUUGAUGGGUGGAACAACCGUAUGCUUAAACAAUUGCCCCCUGGAGCGCUAGAGCCUCUCGCGCAAUUCUUGAACCACAUGGAAGCCACAGGCAAGGCACCAGGUCAAUGGAGGGUGGUCAAGUUUGCUAUGCUGGCAAAAAAGUCAAGCAUCGAAAGACCUAUCGGCCUGUGCGAUGUGGUCUACAAGGCAUGGCUACAGGUGAGAUACUCCCUGGUACAGGCAUGGAUGAAACAAUAUGAGCAAUGGGCCCCAUGGGAUGCGGCUAAGCCGGGGGUCACCUGCCUUUCUGUCUCCAUCGCCAGAAUUUUCAAGAGUGAAGUCGCUGUUGCUACAGGGCGCCACCGCGCCACGCUCUUUCUCGACCUCACCACUUUCUAUGAAACGCUUGCCCACUCUAGGCUCAUUGCCUCGGCACAGGAGCUGGCAUUCCCGGCGAGCCUACUUAACAUCGCUAUUCAGAUCUACCGCGGCGCACGCAUCAUUGAUGCUGAGGGCACAAUGAGCCCUGUCUGUUACACGGGGUGUGGUGUUGUCGCAGGUUGCCCUGUUGCUCCUGCCUUGAGUAAGCUCGCUCUUUACAGGCCUUGCAGAGCUGUGCAAAAUACCGGUCUCUUGGCAGGGCUAGACACCUGGAUAGACGAUGUGUCGAUGGACACCGAGGAUGCAGAUCCGCAGCGAGCAGCCCAAAAAAUUGUGGCUUUAUACAGAACCAUCAGCGUUGAGCUUGACAACGCUGAACUGUUGAUAAGCGCGUCAAAGUCUGCUUUCGUCUGUACGGAUCGGCACACGCAGCACCGUCUGAGGCAGCUUCUGCUUCCAGAUGAUCCGCCAGUUCUGCAUCUUGUCAAAGAUUUAGGUGUGGAUUCGGCGGGAGCCCGUAGACGCAGGGUCGCCACCAGUAAUGCGCGCAUCUCCAAGGCUUCGUGCAGGAGUGGCAAACUCACGCGGCUUCGUAUUCCCAACCCCAAGAAACGAGCCCAAAUCGCGGCGACCGGUGUUGAGACCGCGGCAACUUUCGGCCAUCAGGGGCAAGGAAUUUCGCCGAAGCGCAUGAAAGUGCUCAGGGCAAUCGCAGGAGGACAUUAUGGGAAGCUGUCCUUUGGCUCCCUUGAUCUUAUCUUCGACCUGUCCCAUGUUGGAUCCGGGGUCUCGCGUAGCCCGCAAAGGUGGACCAUUGCAACAGGUCCAAUCGGUGCAAUGCAAUGUUACUUGCUCGACAUGGGUUUCGAAGCCCCCACGAUGGACAUCUGGAA